AUGGUGGCAGAGCCGGUGCAAGCCACUGUACAGACCUUGAACAAAUUAUAUAACUAUACCACUGACUUGGUCAAUGAGCAGCAUGAGAAACUACAGCACAGCUCUAAAAUUUACGACCAAUUUGUGAGCGGCAGCCACCAGUCAUCACAAUCACCAUCAGUGCCAUCCUCGGGUAAUAGUACGGCUUUUAGCCUAAAUACUAUCUUUAGCAGACUUUUAAACAAGAUUUAUCGAAAUAAAGUUAGAUCCUUUGCGAUUCUUGGUAUAGGGAUCGGUAUUGGUGGAUAUGUUGGGUAUACGUACUUUUUAAAGCCACAACUGUAUCCUGAGAUUCGUAAAAGACGUGUACCCAAACUCGCCAAUGGAGCAAGGCGAGACGCAGUACUACUCAUUGGAUCGCCAACCGAGCCAUUAACGCGAGCAAUUGCUUUGGACAUGGAAAGACGUGGGUUCAUUGUUUUUCUCACGAUGCUUGACUCUACUGAUUCAAAAUAUGUUUUAUCACACCCAUUUAAUGAGGAAAUUCAGAUGGUUGAUUUUUUUACAAAGUCAGUUGAGGAUAGUUUAGUUGAGUUUAAGCAGACUUUGAAAACUCCUAUUGUGCCCUUUCAUGGAGCCAAACCACAUGUUUUACAAUUGAAAAGCGUGAUUUUCACCCCAAGCCUAUACUUUUCCGUAGAGCCAGUGGAGAAUUUGGGUAUCAAUACGUGGCAAAAGUUGCAAGAUCGAAUGAUGAUGUUUUUCAAGAUGUUUUCGUGUGGACUCAUUCAAUUGAUAAGAAUGCAAAAAGCAAGAUUAAUUCUAGUGAAUUUGAACAACUUGAACUCUUUGAACUUGCCGUACCAUGCUCCAGAGUCCAUUUUCCAGAAUGAGUUAAAACUGCUAUUUACGAUACUCACUAGAGAAAUGAAGAGCCAUGAAAUUUAUGUUACUCAAGUUAGAUUGGGCAACAUUAAUUUAUCCAACCAGAAAGUUGGCUCAAACUCAAGGAUUGAAAGUAUCGUUCAGUCAGAGGUAAGGUCAUGGACAUCAGAGAUGAAGAACUUGUAUGCCGAUAAUUUUGCUCGAGCGCAAUACAAGAGUCAUAAAAUCAGGGGAUGUGGAGGCCAAGGCUCUUCAAUCCGCGAGUUAUUUCAUCUUUUGUUUGACUUGACUUAUGAGUCAUCUGUUCCAGCAAUUGCAUAUUGUGGGAAAGGUGCUAGAUUCUAUGAUCGUGUAGCCAAAAUAUUACCUGAUUCAUGGGUAUCAUUUCUAUUAACUUGA